CUGUCCCGCUCGCACCAAGGACGCGUAAAAGGACGAAGGAGCGAUAACUUCAUCACCGCGUGGUGCUCUCGCUCGCACACACGCCUCGGUGGGGGACGACGUUGCGAAUUGUUAUUGAAGUCAUGCCCCCGAAGGCGACUUCGGGAAGGCUGUCAGUUGCUUGUAAACGUUCGCAGCGUCCGCUGACCGGUGCCGCGCCGCGCAUCCUCUAACUACUACACAUCGCGCCACCGGCCAACACAAACUCGUGCCAACUUUUUAACACAUAACCGUUUCUGUGAUUUUAGUUUUUCGGACAUUAAUUUAGACUUUGACCGUGACAAUAAGUUAUCGUGAAAUCGGAAGAUGAAACUUUGAAAACAAGUACGAGGUGAUUAGUGACGCUUUGUUGUGAUCUCGUGCGGAGUGGACUACAAGCCUGCUCGAGAGGCAGGAGUCUGUCGCGAGCCAGUGUUUACAACGCGCACGUGGCGCGCCGCCCGCCCGCCCGCGGAAAUGCCGCGAAAAACUUUCUUCGAAAACAUCGCCGUAGUAUAAGUUGAUUCGCGAGGGGAGACGCGCCGCCCGCGACCAUGACUGUAACCUGUAGCGCCUGAUCGAGCGUGGACUACAUGUUCGUCGACACGAGGAGUGCUGUUUUUUUAUUAUUUUUUUUUCGUUGGAGGAGACGGUGCUCUCCGUUGGAUUGAUGAUUUAAAUGGCUAACAGCAACGCCGUAUCGUCGACCUUGCCGUCAAGGGAUUAUCAUUGUAAGAUUUGCGGCCUCUACUUGGACUCUGUGGACUCAUUAGAGGUACAUUUACAAUAUCAUAAAGAAAAUUUAUACGUUAAGUGGGGCACGCAAAACUCGCAGAAUGAUACUGAAAAUAAUAACGGAACUAAAGUGAAGAACGAGACGACACUGUCGGCGCCGGCCGACUCUAGCGACAACAUGAUCACCAAGCCCAGUCCGGAGUUCCAGCAGCGCGCCACCCCGGAGACCUCCACGCAGUUCCAGCACCCCGCCACGCCGCAGAGCUACCACAGCGCUCCUUCGCCGUACCAGAAUCCCGACCAAACUAACUUCUCGCCGGGUGCACAAUUCGGUAACAAUUAUUCUCAUUCUGGCUUUCCACAAAAUCAGCACUCUGAACAAAUAAACUGGGAGCAAUCUCAAUACAACCAAGAAUAUCAUAAAACUGCUCGCUUCCAUCCUUAUAAUAUGCAAGAACGCGUUCCACGCGUAACUUCUUCGAGCCCUUUGUAUGGCCAACCUCUAAACCAGCCGACACCGUCGCCGUCUCCCAACCAAUGCGACAAGUGUGGCUUUGUGUGCGAUUCCGCCGUCCAACUCAAUGAGCACUGUAACUCUGCCCAUGCCGGGUCUAGCACGACGCCCACUACUGGCUCCAUGCCAUUUCAACAAUUCCCACCGAAGCAGUAUAACAACUCAGGUUACCAGAAUGAAAAUGCCAAAAUUAAAGAAGAGCAUGAAGAGUCAUCGGACAUAUUAGACCUAGAUUCCCAAAAAGUAGUUUACCAAGGAAAUGAAGGCGAAGGUCAAACAACGCCCUAUGAAGACGCACCACCCCAAAAUCGAGAAGUCAACACACGAACUGUACCCAUAAUGCCCUGGGAAACACAAAAGUUAUAUAGUAAUCCUCAACUUAAUGGCGAUGUAUCUCUUUUCAAAGAUCAAAAAAUGUUUACUGAACAAAAAGGGGUAUAUCAAACAGACACAAAGAUGUUUCAUCCAGAUCAAAAGUUUGCUUAUAGCCAAGAGAAGUUCCUGACUGGUCAUCAAGACCAAAAACCAUUUAUGCAUAUUGAUCAAAAAAUAUACCCUGGUGUACAAAUGCCUCCUUUAACAGACUAUUCAGGGCUAACCCCUUCGAAUCCGGAUAUGAAACCUCCUUACCGUCCGUACGAUUCUCCGUCGGCACCACAGAUAACUAGCACACAACCGGCGAAUCCAACAUCCUCGACAAUGCCCUCUAUUGGCGGUAAGGGAGCAAACUGGAAGUCUAAUGAAGCGCGGCGGCCAAAAACGUAUAAUUGCACAGCAUGCAACAAAUGGUUUACGAGUUCCGGGCAUCUAAAGCGGCACUACAAUACGACGUUGCAUAAAAAUGCCGUGAGGUCUUCGGGACAGCCGGACCCAGCCACCAUGCCGAUCUCCAGUCAUCACCACCCGAGUCGAGAUGCAAUCCAGAAUCGCGCACAACAACAAGCGGCUGACUCCAAUACGCAGAGCCCCGUGCCCUCUGAGGACGGCCGCAGCGUAGACGACGUGUCUCUCCAGUCGCCCUACGUGUCGCAGAACUUCGACCGAUCGCAUCGUGUUGCCGCCAUGCAGUCCAAGUCACCGUACACACAUCUUCAACAGGGUAAUUUAGAUAAUAAUUUCAGUAAUAAUCCUUUAGCUAAUCACCCUUUACAGCACCAAGUCGGAUCGCAUCCGCUCAACAUAGGUAGUAGUCAGCCGCCAGGCAUAGGAAAUCCUAAUGAUAAUAAUCAUCAAGGGUCAAAGGGCGCUGCAGUAUCCUCUACUGGGAAUCCCCCAAACGGGGAAGCAGGUCCCUCUGUUUCUCAAAAUCACCAUAUGAGGGGCCUGCUAUCAGUCUCAACCAGCAAUAUUUCAACUCCAGCUCUAACUCAGAGUACGCCGGCGCUUACGGCUCACACCCUGCCCCCGUUCAGUCAUUUGGGUGUCAACCCGUACAGCCCGAGGUCUACGGAUCCUUUGGGGCCUUCGGUUCCGGACCCCACGCACACCCCAUUAUAUUUGGGUCAGAAUUUUCAGCAGACUAUAGCACCGAAUUACCCAAACGGGAUGGCCCCCCACGUUAUGGAUAUGGCUAUCAACAAUCUGCCUAUAGCCAGUCCGGCUACUUUUGGUGAAUCCGCACCUGAAGAAGUCGAAGUUAUGGAACAGGAAACGUCGAAUCAACCUGCCGGCGGACGCUUGCCUAGUUUCGCGCAGCUCCAAACGCAGAGUUUCAGCGUUUAUGUUUCAAACUAUAUAACACAGCCUAACGUGGGGGGUCAAAUUGUCGGUGACGAGUCCACCGCCGGAUACAUUAUCGUCGACCCAGUUCACUCUCCUUUACCAUAUAAUAAUCUAGAAUUUGGCGGGCAAUCAGUGGAUUACGAUUACAGCUUUUCGCCUAGACCUGUCAAACAGGAAAAUGUCGUAACUUACAGCCCCGAGCACGUCAAAGUUUUCCCUUACGGUUACGCGGUCGGGGGAAAGACGAUCAAACGAGAAGACGAUAUUUUGAGAACUGACUCUAGCCAACUUCAAAUUUUGAAAAUCGAGGAUAUAAUGGAUUACGCGAAUAAAGAGAACUAUGGUAGUCAGAUGAAGUCUCCCGCUAGUCCGGAGAGCGCAAAAGCGGAGAACGAGAGCCGUGGCUCGCCGGCCGUGUCGUCCACUGUCAGCACGCCGCUGGCCGAGCGCAACCAACUCAAGAAGCCCGCACCCGUCACCGUGCACAAGUGCUACGAGUGCGACAAAAUCUUCAAUAAGGCUUGUUAUCUCACGCAGCAUAACAAGACCUUCCAUUCGGGCGCUAAGCCCUUCAAAUGUGACCGUUGUGGCAAGCGUUUCUCGGAUGAUGUCUCGUACGAAGGACAUUAUCUUAAACAUACCGACAAUAAGCCGUUCAAAUGCAACGAGUGUCCCAAGUCUUUCAAUCACAAGACAGAUCUGCGCAGGCACAUGUGUCUUCACUCGGGUUGCAAACCGUUCGCUUGUGACCACUGCGGGAAAGGGUUUAUUAGAAAAGACCACAUGGUCAAACAUUUUGAUACGCACAUGAAGAAAAAUAUGCGUUCUUCGUCGUCGUCGAUGUCGUCGGCGUCGUCCGUGACGUCGACGACAUCGCCCCCCUCUUCGUUACCGUACGUUCUCAAUUAAAAUCACUGUAGAUCGCGUUCACAUAUCAUUUUAAAUUUUACAAAUAUAUAGAUACCUAAAAUUGCAAUAACAUUUGAUUUUUACUUAGGUUGAUAGUUUCUAUAACGAAUAAAAUUUGUAAUUUUGUUACAUUAUAAUAAAUUUACCUUGGUAGCAACGGUUAACGUACGUUUCGUAGACCCAGUAGUUCAUAAUUAACUGAGAUUUCAAUAUAAUAUAAAACAUCGUAACAUCAAUGAUUAAUUUCAGUAAAUAUAUUUAGGUCAGAAUUAGAAAUAAGUUUAGUAGAACGUCAUAAAAAAGCUGACGAAAUGGAAUGUUGGUUGCAGCGGUGGUGGCGAGUGUGGGGCCACGUUUUGAGCGCGCGAACCAAUGGGUCUUCGGAGCGUGAGUUCCUUUUUAUUGUUCAUUCAACUUAACCUUGCGUCGAUACAAGGUGACUUUACAUGCCGGCUUGUCUGCCCGCAGACGUGUAAUUACAUGACGCUGCCGGCGAUACUGCGAUAUCAUAAUAACAUACCAUAUCAUAUCAAUAUCACGUAUUUAUCAAUUGAAAUUAUUGUCGUGUUAAAAAAUAGGUACUUAAAUUUUUUCCGGUCAAUAGUUUGCGACUUGAUCUACAUAUCUUAUUUUCAUUGUAAUCUAUGGACCAUAGAUUUUAUUUUAGUUAAAUUUCUCCGUUCUGCCUAUGAUUGUUAAUGUUAAAAUUAAUACGUAUCUGUAUUUUGGAAAAUACAUAAGUAGAGUAAUUUUGUAAAUAUUUAUGAAAGGGACACGAUUGCCAGACAUUUAGUAUGUUAAGUAGGUACUGCGGAAAGAUGAAUUAUUUGGUUAAUAACAUUAUUUAUGAUGACAAAUGAACAUUCUAUAUUGAUAUAAAAAAUAAUUAGAUGCCAAAUUAACGAUUUACAAAUGAGAGAAAUGCCAAAAGUACAAUAUAUUUUAAAUGAUGAUCAAUUUACUAUAAUAUAGUUUUGUUCGUCACAAUAUUUUGGUGUAUAGUGAGCUGGUUUUCUCGGCCCUUAGAGUAGGUAGUCGUGUGUCGAGUGUCGCGAGAGGGCGCGCUGUUAGAUAAAAUGAACUCGAACUUUCGAUCACUAGGGUUGUCACACCUACUGCAUACACUUUCAUUCGACUUUCUUGGAAUAUCUCCUAGACUCCGUGUGCUACAAGUAUGUACACACAAUAUUUUGUUCUUUGUAUUUUGUAACGUACUAUUGAUUAAUUCUUGUAGAUGUUUUCCCGGUGCUUCCUAUUAUUAUUUUGUCUGUUGACAUUUGUUUUAAAGUAAGCUAGUUGUGUUUGUAUGAAAUUCAGAAUUUUCUUUUUUAAAUUGAAAAAAUAAAAGUAAUUUAUGUCCAAUUUUAGUUACCAACGUGUUAUUUGAGCGAAUUUAGUUUAUACAUUCCUGUUUCGUUAGUGGUAGGAAAGUAGUCUUCCUGAACGUUGCCAAAUUUAUUCCGCCAACUGUCUGUUGCGAAACGAUUUAAGUUUAAGGUUUUUUAGCCUAAUAAUAAUGAAAUUCUCUAGCAAUAAUUUAUAAUAAUAAUGUAAAUGUUUUUUGUAUAGUAUUAAAAUGGCCACAAUUAUUGGUUUAUAAAUUAAAAUUAUAGUGGUUGGAUUAUUUGUAUAUAUUACUCGAGAGUCGAGGAAUUCUCAGUUCCAUUGGACAUAUCAUGGCCACAUGCGACGUUUCAAAAUAUUCCUCUCGAUUAUUAUUCGCAUCCGAUUGCGAUUGUCUGGUCGGAUUGCUGUCAUACGCCAGACGCGUCGGUAUAUUUUCCUUCAUAUAUUUCAGUGCGUCGGCGCAUACUUGCGAUUAUGAGCACUUACUGAAAAGUUAUACUUAACAAUGAUAGGAAGAAAAUUGCAACGCAGGGAAUAUUUUGAGACUCCCGCGCAUCCAUAUCAUUAGAAGACCCAGAUUAGAGCCGUUUAUUAAAAUGUGCAAUAUGAACAUUAUAUCGACUUAAUUUUGAUAAUGUUUGUAUUUGAAUGUUAAUUAUAUUGCAGAAAUAUUUUUAUACAAAUAUAAUGACACAAUGUUGAUCUACCUCAUCAGCGACUAUAUUCUACCAACACAUAUGAAGUAUAUACAUUAAAUGAAUGUUGUUCAAAUAAUUAGUGAACUAAAAGCAAUAUGUUGAUAUCUUUGUACACUGUAUCGAUAUGGCCUACCUCCUAAAAGUGAGAGACUGAUGGUCUGAUAUUCAAAAGUAUUUGAAACAAAAACUUUUUUGGAGUCGUCUCUGUUUCGCUGACUUGCUUAGAUAGUAACAGGAUGGAACUUAAGUACUUACUCAUAUUUUUGUUUAAAAUGCUUUUGAGUAUUUGUCCGAUAUUGUCAUAUUUACCGGAGACGCGGGGUUCUGUCGAUUUGCUCGACUUUAUAAUAUAUCGCUAAUAAAUAUGUUUAGUCGCGAUCAAGUCGCCAGUGGCCCGCGUCUCUUGGGUACUUAUAUAAACUGUCUUUGAAGGUGACGAGACGUGCCUCUGCUCUUUUACAUAUGAUAAAACAUACAUUGUAUGGUAGCAUGGGCGCGCCGGCACUGCAUCAUACAACCGAGUUUAUAUACCAUACACUGUUAUUGUUGAGAAGAUUUUUGUAUGACAGAAGUGUUUCUUCAUAGCAAUAAUGUAAGUACGAUCACAAUAUUUGAAACUUAACUACCUCAAAUAACGAUUAAUAGUAUUUAUAUAGUGUUGUGAGGGUGGGCGUCGCGGGCAGUCCCGCUACCGGAUUACCUCAGCUUGCCUUUUCAGAGUAUAUCGUAUACAAUAAUAUUUACAGAUUGUAUGUCACUGUGCCAGCCCGCGGAGCUCACCCAAUAUCUUUAUAUACAAACAUAAUAUAUAUUAGCGGACAAACUUUGUCUCCUCAUACUGUUUAAAGCAUUCAGUAGUAGUAUCAAUUAGACAUAAACUAAUGUACAUAUAAAAGUAACAGUAAAUUUGUUAUUUAUCAUAUUCUAUUAUCGUACUCAUCGAUAGACUUAUUUUGAAAUAAGUUUAACGUAGUGAUUUCAAGUUUAUAACAUAGCCAGUAAGUACUUGUAAGAUGUUUGUGAUGACAUAUUUGUGUAUAAUGUAUUAAUUUAAUUAUAUCAGUUACCAGAUGAUUUCUGUUACAUUGAGUUGAGUAAAACUGGAAGAGUUAAAUACGAUAAGAUGUUGUUUUUUUUUUAAUUGUUCCUUCGUCCAAUCGUGUUGAUACUUUGAUUAUUAUGUAGCUGAGAUUGCAUGCGUUAUAUUAAUUUGUAAUAAAUUCCAGUUUGUUUACCAUAAGGGUAGCAAAAAUUACCAUGAGUCGUGUGGGGUUCGGGGCGUCGCGGACGCCGCCUCGCUUCAGUGCAGGGGCGGCGGCUCCACGCCUCUAGAUCCGCUGAACUCCGAACUUUGAACGAUAAAAUUAAUUAAGUCCUUAUUAUAGAUUAUAUUAGAAUAAGAUAGAUCUGUUACACCGCUACAGCGAAAACUGGGUAUAUUGCUGUGCAUUGUGAUUUGUUCACACUUUUAUUGCAUUCGCAAUUACCAGUGAAUUAAUUUACAUAAAUAUUUCAUAUAUUUCGUGUGUGAACAGAUCGCAAUUACAUGCGAUGCGAAUUUAUUUGUGUACUUGCAAAGCGAUUGAAAAUAUGUGUAUGUAUCUAUAUGAUAUAACGUCAAAAUUUCUCUCCCGUAUCUCACGAUUGACAAGGUCGGGAAUUUUGAAUAAUUACUUUCCGAAUAAACCUAAGUCUAACAGACUUAGCGUAAAAUGUAUUUAAUUCUAUCCUGACGAUACAGAGAUGGGUUUCCGCCCGGGCAGAAAUCGGGCGUAAACAUUUUUGCCCGGUGUAAACCCAUUUCUGGUUUGGUUUCUUUUUUUAUGCUGUCGCAGUAGUGAUUGUUUCAGGUCUGUGUUAAUAUAAAGUUUAAUGUGAA